AUGGAAAGCCCGGUAUUGUUAUUAGAUGGUUGCAGCGAGUUCCUCUCCGUCAAUAAUGAAAGCAUAUUUUAUUCUAUUUGUGGGUGUCACCGACUCUUUCACCGCCCGGAAGAGCUGCCCUCUCAACCAUCUACGCCGCCGCCACCUCCACCGUCUCAGCCACUUCCUCCUCCACCACCUUCUCUGUCGCCACUAUCACAGAAGUAUAAUAGCAAAAGCAUUAAACAGUGGGCUAAUGCAUAUACUAGCAAAACCUUUACACCACCAGUUCCUCCGUCGCCGCCACCACCACCUCCAUCUCCUCCCCUACCAGGUCUUCUGUCGCCAACUCUUACACCACCAGCUCCUUUGCUGCCACUAUCCCCUCCACCUCCAUCUUUUUUGUCCUCGUCGCCGCCACCACAACCUCCAUUUUCUCCUCCUCCACCACCUCUAUCUUCUCUACCUCUGCCUCAUUCACCACCACCACCUCCAUCUUCUCCACCUCCACCUGCUUUAUCACGACCCCCACCAUCACCAUCUCAGCCACUUCCUCCACCGACGACGGUAGUGACUUUGAAGUUUGGCAAAUCAAGGGGAAGAAGACAAAAAACGAAGUUUACUACAAAACGGGCAAAAAUGGAAGAGUUUGCCCAACAAUAUAGUUGGCGAAUUAGAAAUUAG